AUGGCUGUACUUGGACGCACGAGGACCCGAACCCGCGGCGGCUCGUGCUGCAGUACUACCGGUACAGAGACGGCGGCCUGUAACCGGUUCUGCUACAACAGCGGGACACCGUCCGGUAACGCCUGCAUCUGUACCUCUCAGUACGAGGGGCGGUGCUGCGACGUCGCCAAACCGCGCGGUAACGGAGGGUACAAUCCACCAGCAGGCGGAGGGGGCCUCAACAUCUUUCAGCAAGGAAUCUCCAACAACGUCAACGUUAACCAUCAAAGCGGCUCCAACAACAUUAACCAACAGGGAAACAACGUCCACCAGAGCACCACUCUGUCGAAAAACGCGAAACUCGGUAUCGCCCUCGGUGUCUCUUUGCCACUUCUAUUUCUGAUACUACUCAUGGUCGUCCUCAUCCCUCUUUACGCCUGUAAUUGAUGUGGCUACAGAGAUCAAACCAAAAAUAACACCCGAGACCUAUUGCUUUCCAAAAG